AUACCCAAGUUCCAGUUUUCAACUCAUUAGUUCAGUUACAGUUAACGGUGACAGUCUUUACAACUAUUGUAGUCAAAAUUUCAGUUUAGCAUGGAUGAGUUAGAGAAAACAUUUUGCCAUACCUGGUUGUACGACAGAGAUGAAAACUUACGAAAAUCUAUGGAAGACAGCAAAAUGCCGAAAGAAGAUAUCGAAUUCAUUAUGACCACCAAACCCACGAUGAAAAUUGUGCGCCAAGGGAACAAAAUCUUCCAUUCAACGGAACUGGUGAAAGGCGCAGUUCACGAUGUCACAUACGAGCUUGGCAAAGAGUUCGAGGCAAAAGAUACCAAGUCCGACCCACCCCUAUAUCACAACAAGGUUCUUUGUACCUUUGAAAACGGAAACCUGACCUACGAAAGCCGAUCUCAAUUAACAGGUCCAAGAAAGAUCGAUAUGCUAACAGUCAUGUAUAUAAAAGACGGUGAACUUAUAUCGGAAACAAGCCCGCUAGGUGACCGUAGUAUUGUUGGGAAGAGGAUCUACAAAAAGGCGUAAACAGCCAUGUACGUCGAAAACGGCAGCAAGCAUUUUAGAAAAUACCAGCAUAAUUCAUUUAACAUCUAAUUUAAACAGACCUAGAAAUGUGUGGAGAUAUAAGUUAACCCUGCAAACUUUCUAGCCAUCAUUGGACCGGUAUCAUUUGUUUAUCGGAUCCAUGUCGUGUUGUACAUCAGUUUCAAGUAGUUUCAAUAUCGGCGACAUCUGGCCCCAAUAUCAGACCACUUUUAUAUGUUGAAUAAAACACACACAUUUACAAUUAGGCAGCGUCUUUUAAACAUGCGUUUUUAGUAUUUUAACACACAUUGCAAACAUAUAACAAAAACAAAGUAAUGUGCUCUGUCGAAUGAUUUUUGUUUGUAACAUGUCUAAUUUUUUUAAUGUGUCAUUUUUCUCUCUUUUUAAAUCAAAAGAAGGUUCAAUUUAUACCUCGGGAUGCAAUAAAAUUGAAGAAAUA